AUGAGUACUGCGGGGCAUUCAGAUCCAGUACCCAUAGGUAACGGCGGUAGUGGAACAGAGCAGGAUUUCCACUACAAAUUCACUGUGCAAAAGGGUUUUUUCCAGCAGAGUGAGGAUGAGACGGAUGACAAGGAUUUUGAUUUUAAAACUUCGAAUUUCGGACUAAUCAAUCGUACGUAUCCUACGGAUUCGGACGAAGGCAAAGAGAAGGGAACGCAAUGGCAACGCUUUGAAAAGUACGUCCGCAGUCUCGAAGCGACCAAGCAAGCCGGUGAAAGCUACAAGGUGCUUUUCCUAGGUCGCCACGGUCAAGGCUGGCAUAACGUUGCGGAAACGAAGUAUGGGACGAAAGCUUGGGAUUGCUACUGGUCCGCUCUCGACGGCGCAGACGGCAUAACCUGGGCAGAUGCGCAUCUGACUCCCCUCGGCGAAGCCCAGGCAAAAGCCGUGCAUGAACUUUGGUCUGUUCAACUCGCAAACGGGAUUCCCGUCCCGGAAACCUAUUACGUCUCCCCUUUGACACGUACAAUCCAAACAGCCACCCACUCCUUCUCCACCCUCCCACUCCCCGCCUCAUCCCCCUACAAACCCUUCAUCAAAGAACUCCUCCGCGAAGCCCUCGGCGUUCACACUUGUGACCGCCGCAGCACGCGCUCGCAAAUUCAAGCUGCACACCCCAAUCUCACGUUCGAACCGGGGUUCGCGGAGCAAGACGAGUUGUGGCUGCCUGACUACCGCGAGCCGCGGUCCGCACGGCAUUAUCGGCUUGCUGUGUUGCUGGAUGAGGUGUUUGAAGGGGACGACGGGGUGGUGGUGUCAAUGACGAGUCAUUCGGGGGCGAUUGGGAGUUUGUUGGUGGGCUUGGGACAUCGUGAAUUUGCGCUGGAAACGGGGGGCGUGAUACCUGUGUUUGUUAAAGGAGAACGGGUGCAGGGGAAACGACCGGUUCCGCCAAAGGAACCGAGUGAUGCGCCGCCGUUGUGUCCGGAGCCGCCUGUAGAUAUGUAG